AUGGAUUGUACCUACAAGACCAAUAGAUAUCGUUUUCCACUUUUUGAGAUUGUGGGGGUAACAUCCACUGAGAAGACCUUUAAUGUUGCAUUUGUCUAUAUCUUAAGAGAGACAGAAGAAAAUUACACAUGGGCUUUGAGUAGGUUGAGAAUUCUUCCAGAUCAUUGUACUCCCAGUGUUUUUGUGACGGACCGUGAAUUAGCACUAAUGAAUAGUAUAAGCAAAAUAUUUCCUGAUUCCCAACAUCUCUUAUGUAAAUGGCACAUCAACCGAAACAUGAUGAAAGAAUGCAAGAAAAAGAUCGCGACAGCAGAAAUGUGGAAUAUGUUUCUCAAUGCUUGGAACACUGCUGUUGGUUCUACAACUGAAAGUGAAUACUGGGCAAACUUGAAGGAAUUUGAAUCUAAAUUUAGUACAUAUCCUGAUGAGCUUCGUUACUUAAAGAGAGAACUUCAUAUCAAGGCAUCUUUUGAGAAAAAUAGGUGCUUUUUGCAACAUGAUUUUAAGCAUGAGUACUUGAAGGAGUUAAUAAGUUAUGUGUCUAUCACGUCCUUGAACAAAAUAGUGUGUGAAGCUAAUAGGGCUGAUUCAAUUAAGAAAGAUGUCGCUUGUUGUGGUUGUGUGAUACGUGUUACACACGGUUUACCUUGUAUGCAUGAGAUUGCAGAGUACAAACGCUCCAACCGGCCUAUUCCUAUUGAUGCAGUUCAUAAUCAUUGGAGACAGUUGGGUAUCAAUCAAGCCAUGCAUAAUGACACUGAAGAAAAGGUUCCGGUAAAACAACAUAUGCUUCGAUUAGAGACAUGGAUUAAACAACAAAAUGAUGAAUAUAGACGACAUUUAUUGAUAAAAAUUGAUGAGUUGAUGAAUCCAGGCAGUACUUUUCUAAAACAACCUGUAGAGAGGGCAAAGACGAAAGGGCGUCCACACAAGACUGACACUAGUACUCGUCGUUUGCCAUCUGGCUUUGAGAUUGAAAAUACUCUUUCAGGUCCUGACAGUCACUCACAGGCACCUACUGUUUAUGAAGUUGGUCAAGAUGUUUCCCAUGGUCCUAUUAUAUCAAUUCAGGAUACUGCAUCAAGUAAGAAACUAAGGAUUGUACAACUAAAAAUAAGAGUUGUGGCUUCAGCAAUGGGUUUUGGUCGAAAAUCAUGGCGCAAAGUUCAUAGGGAUUUAUUAAACGAGUUGCAUAGUAUGCGAGAACUGUAUGUAAUCCUCUUUGGUGGAAUUGAGGUUGAGAAGGUUCAGCAGACGGUUAACCAUUAUGGCUCUGGAAAUGCACCGGAAAAGUAUUGGAUGUAUUUUCCGGAAAUGGAGCAUUUAAUUGCAAGAUGUUAUGGUGUAGUGGUAAUAUUUCUAUCAGAAGGGAAAUGCAGAACAUUCCUCCCCCUAGUAGAACACAAGAUUGGGCAGUUCAGUAAUGAUGAGCUCAAAGAGAUUGGAAUUGGCCAUGUGAACAAAAACCAUUUUGUGCAUACGUUGACUUUUUGA